CUGGCGCACCGCACUGGCGGGGCGCUAAGAGGAGCCGCUGCUGGAGAGGUGCCCAGGCCCCGCACGAACCAUGCUGGCGGCAGCCUGCGGGGCGGUGCGCCUGCUCCCCAGAGUCCGGGGCGGAGCGGGGAGCUCCCUGCUCAGUUUUCAGCUGUCCUGGACCAUUCAUUUUCGGGGAAACCAUUGGCAGACUUCUAUGCUGGCAUUUCAGGCGUCCCUCCCCAUGAGAGCAGAACCGAGGAAGAAAAAGAAGGUAGAUCCAAGGAGAGAACAAGCACAAAAGGACCGUAUGAAGAAAAAGAUAAAAAAGAUGGAAAAAGCUGCCCAGGAAAUGAUUCCCAUUGAGGAUUUUGUAACACCAUUCAAGUUUUUGGAUGCUUCACGAGUGCGAGAGAUCUCCCCAUUGUCCUUUGAGGAGAAUGAAAGGCGAGCCCUGCUCCUGAAGAAAUGGGCCCUGUACAAGCAGAAAGAACAUGAGGCAGAGAUGGAAACACUGAAGUCUCUUAUGGCAGCUCAGCAGGAGGCACUAGAGGAAUUGCGUCUCGAAUCAGAAGAACUUUACCAAGCAGCAAUAAGACGAGAUAAGGACUUGUUUCCCUUUGAGAAAGAGGGGCCUAGUUACACACCACAGGUUCCUGGCUAUGAGGCUCCUGAAGGGAAAUGCAUCGACAUUACCAAAGUGUACACACAGUGAGAUCGGAAGAGACUGCCAUGCAGCUGACAGGAGAUACGCAGUGCAUUAAAGGAUGACACAGUGGGAUGCGACUAGACUAUUUAUUUUGCUUUUUCAAACAUCCCUAGGCAGAUGGCUGUCAAAAGAAAAGAAAAACACCACCUGUCCUUGUUCCCUUUCUUCUUAUAACUGGCCAUCUUGACAAUAAAACUUCCAAUAAAAACAAAAUACUUUAGAA